AUAGAUAAGAAGGUUAAGUGUUAGUUUUGUGUGUGUGUGUAUGUGUGCGAAAUUUCGUUUGGACAAGGAUGAUGGCCUCCUCUUCUUCUCAAGUCGUGCAGUAUCCAAGCAACGGGGGAUCUGCGCAGUCGCAUCACCACCACCAUCAUCAGAUGUCUCCCUUAAACCUCCUGGCAGCUACUUGCAACCGAAUCUACCCGACCCCUUACAGCUCUCAUCACAACCAGCUCUCCCCAUCCAGCACCACCUCGUGCAGCAGCGAUGGCUACGCCACCCAGGUCCCUUUGGACACCACCAGAAGCCCUCUGGACUACUCGCCCCACUACCAAAACCCUUACUCGCACACCUACAACAACUACUGGUUCCAACACUCACCUCCACCGGCAGACAUCGCUUCCAGCGGGUACCAACCGCCCCAGAACCAAAUGUACACCCCCUGGAGCCAUCAGACUGGUUACAUGAACGCUUUCGCACCGGUCAAAAUGGAAUUUCCCACUUAUUCUGGAAAAGCUCGCAGGUGCAUUAAGUGCCAAUGCCCCAACUGUAUUAACGAGGAGAACGGACUGAAAAAACCCUCGGCUAAAAAGGUGCAUAUAUGCCAUUUCCCUGGUUGUGAUAAGGUUUAUGGAAAAACGUCACAUUUACAAGCACACCUGAGGUGGCAUACGGGUGAAAGGCCUUUUGUGUGCAACUGGUUGUUUUGCGGUAAAAGGUUCACCAGAUCCGACGAGUUGCAGAGACACCUGAGAACACACACGGGGGAAAAACGGUUUUCGUGUCAGAUAUGCUCCAAGAGGUUUAUGAGGUCCGACCAUUUGGCCAAACACGUGAAAACCCAUAAAAAUGGCGGUAAAACUACUGAGGAAAUCGAUCCGAAGAAAGUCGUGGAGAAGAAUAAGGAUAAAUUAGUGGAUACAGUACCUGAAACGCUUGCUCAAGUGACGUCACAUACAGUACCAAGUAAUAUUAAUAAUGAUAAUAAUGGUUCGGCAGCAGUUAUCACCAGUAACCUACAUUACCCGGGCUCACAAUCAAGUUACCCGAGAAUAUCGUCGGCGGUACCACAGAAUCUGAUUGGUUCCAGUACGAAUUUACCACAUUACGGUAGUCAUCAGCUAAUCAAUCAACAUCAUCAGGCGUAUUACUCGGAAUAUGGGCUUAUGUAACGUAUGGGCUUAAUGGGUUUGGCACACUUUUGUUCUGGUAAUUGAGAUUAGUUUGUGAAAUGUUUGUAGGUGCAGGGGUCACAUGGCAUUUUUGGGUUCUGUGUGGAAUUUUAAGAAAUUUAAGGGUGUAGUUUAGGCGAAAGGUUUAUGAGUUACGGGGUUUUAAAAAAUCUUGUUUUUUAAAAAUUGUUUGAGGAAAGUGUAGUAUGUGACCCAUCAAAGUUCUUGGAAUUUUAUGUGCAAUUUGACAGGUUUAUAAUUUCUAUUGUACUCCUGUAUAUUAUGAUAUUUUCGAAUUCCACAUAAUAUUUAAAGAAAUUUGAUCGGUCACAUGCCAUACUUGAG